GCUUUUCCAGCAAAUGCAGUUACGGUUUUUGUGUACUGCAGCUCGGUGACAGUGUUCUUCACAGUAAUAAAGGUGGUCAGUUACCGUCUGCACCUUAUGUUUGAUAAAGGCGAAGUAAUUCAACAAAAGCUCUCAAGAAAAAAUGGAAGGCAAUGUAAAGAUACAGAGGUUCCAAAAGGAAACACAGUUCAGCCCUCAAAUCAUAGCAAUAACACCAGGGAUAACGAUGUCGUCAGUGAGACCAACCAAAAUGGCUCUACCCAGACAGUUCACGAUAGUUCACGGGUACAGGCUCUGCACUUGCAGAACUCACCUGAAACAAUGGAGCUGCCGACACGGGAAACUAUUGAAGAUCUCAGAGGCGUUGUAGUAUUAGAAGACCAGGCUGCACCACCAGUUUCAUCUACCUCACCCUGUAUCAAAACAGACCUAUUACCUGCUUCUACAGCCUCUGCUUCAGGUGCCACCACAUCAGCAAUAGUGACAAAACCAGCUGCUGUGAAAACAUUUUCUGAUAAUGGAAUAAAUGAAAAAGGAGGGAACGGACUGCCAUAUGGACAGCAUGGAUCCCAAGAUAUUCUUGCGGACAGAGAUGUAGCUAAAAACUUCUCCAAUAUUUCUUCAUCACAAGGUGAUAUUUUAAGGACUGGAGUUUCUUCAGAGCCAUGGGACAGUGAAAACUCUGUUAUUUCAGACCAUUUGAGUAAUCCCAAAAGCUACACAAAAGAGAAAUUGCCAGAUGGAUCAUCACAGACAGGCUUUACCAGUAACUGCCCACAGUGCAAUGCCUUUGCAACCAAAGAUCUGGAGCACCUGGAAAGUUCUUGCAGUGCUGGUAAUACCCAUGAGGACCUUGACUGCUCAGACAGUGAGACUGCUGUUGCAGUUGUGGACAACUCUCUUCCUGGAGACCAGCUAUGUGAACCCAUUAAAAUUGUCAUAACAAUGAGUACUACACCAAACACCACCCUCAGUGACCUAGCAGGCUGUGUCCACCUGAAGGCUCUGGAAACUGAGAGAACGAGCUCAGCCCUUGAGUCUGGUGUAGUUACAGCAGGCUGGCUGAGUCAGCAAACUAACGAACAGCUCAGAAUCCCCCUUAUCACUUUUGACUUGUCUGAUGACUGUCAAGGUAAGGCUUGCCCAGAAGUUAGUGAAAGCGAAAGAACUCCAGAAAUUUUAAAGGCAGAGCUGUCAUCCAACCAGUGCUCUGGCUAUGAGUCAGGUGAUGCAGUAAAGGAACACAGCAACCCAGCAAAUACUCCUUUGGAAACUAACACUUUUUUGGAUCCAAAUCAGGAGAAUGCUUCUGAAAAUGUCCAGACUGUGGAUUUAACUGCUAAGGAAGACCUGCAGAACCUAGACCCACAGUCCUGUAGAACUGCUCAUGAAAAGAGGCACAUGCGGGUGCUAAGUGUAGACAGCGGGACAGAUGUGCUUUUAAGUAAGAAUUUCAUGGAGGUAUCUGACAAAGAAAAGACCUUGCCAACUUCUAAAUCAGAUCUAGAAGCUAAAGAAGGACAGAUGCCCAAUGAAUCUAACUUUCUAGAGUUUGUGUCCCUCCUGGAAUCCAUUAAUACCUCAAAGAUGAAGGCAUCUAAUCAAUCCACUGUCAAAAUGGAGACUACGAAGGAAAAUGGACUUAUUGGAGAUAGCCAGAUGACGGAGAGAAAAGAAGAAAUGGUGGGAACAGAAAAGCACUGUGAGCAACUUCCUAAACAGGAAAGAUCAGAUGUACAAAGCCAAGAUCGUGCUAGUACUAGUCCAGUGCUACCAGAGUCUGCCAAAUUUGCAGCACUUUACCAGGGCAACAGGCAAAGGCAGAUAAUCUACCGAGUAACUUCUCAGCAAGACAGUUCUGUCUUGCAAGUAAUAAGUGGACCUGAGGCGUCUGUGCAAGAUGAGCUAUCCGUGGAUGCAAUGCAUGUGUUCAUAGAUGAAAAUGGGGAAAUUAGAUCCUGUUAUUUAAAGGCUGGCUGUCAGAAGGAAGGAAGUUUUCGACAUCAGCUAUCAAAUUGUGAUUGUAUUUCAAAUGCUCAUGAAAUACAGUUCAGCUCCUCUAGUACUACCACAUCAGAGAGCCAAGAACCGUCUUCCGGGGAUCAAGGAGCGAGCGCGCUUCAGCAGCAGCUCCUACUGAUGGUGGCACGAAGGACCCAUUCAGAAGGCCCACGGCAACCCAGCCAGGACCCUGAGGAUUCUUCAUGUUCUUCAGCACAGCGGAAACUGAACAGGCAGUUUUACAGAUUUAUUAUAUUCCCUGGCAAAUGGAUUAAAGUCUGGUAUGAUCGUCUUACCUUGUUGGCAUUGUUGGACAGGACAGAAGAUAUAAAGGAGAAUGUAUUUGCUAUCCUUCUAGUAGUUCUUGUUUCGCUUCUUGGAUUCCUGACUCUGAAUCAAGGCUUCUGUAAAGACAUUUGGGUUUUGUUGUUCUGUCUUGUGAUGGCCAGCUGCCAGUAUUCUCUCCUAAAGAGUGUUCAGCCUGAUCCUGCUUCACCAAUACAUGGGCACAAUAAAAUAAUAACCUACAGCAGACCUGUAUAUUUUUGUAUAUUGUGUGGCCUUAUUUUGCUGCUAGAUGCUGGAUCUAAAGACACAAAUCCUCCAGUUUAUACAAUGUAUGGCUUGAAGCUCUUUUCACCUAGAUCUCUUCAGUCAGCCAGAGACCAUGUAAUAGUGUUUUUAUAUUGCUUUCCUGCAAUUUCUCUUCUUGGUCUUUUCCCUCAAAUCAACACCUUCUGUAUAUAUCUUUUGGAACAAAUAGACAUGUUGCUUUUUGGUGGUUCUGCUGCUGCUGGAUUCGUAUCUGCACUAUACAGCAUUUCCCGAAGUUUUGUGGUUCUGAUUGUACUAUAUGCUUUCUGCUUCAGUGCAGUUAAG